CUAGAAACAGGAUGGAUGAGAUGGACUUUUACCAAACUGAUAGAAGACAAAAGUUUGGCUUCGAAGACUCAAAAAUUCUGUACUCCAAAGAACAGAUUGCAGAAAGUACAAUGUGAAGUAUACAUUAUCAAAAAAUUUCAAGGAUAUAUGUAUUUUUUUCAUUGGAAUGUCCAAUAUGAGAAACAUUUCUACACGGCUGUCUAUAUUGGUGAAUCUUUCCAUACUAUGGCCUUGCAUCCUAAGUCUGAACUUCAUGAACAUUCGUACUCAAGAAAUGAAUAAAGGAAAUCAUAUAAGGGUAAAGCGAGGAUGGGUAUGGGAGCCAUUGUAUGUCACUGAAGAACAAGAAGUGAAGAAGCCAAUGUAUGUUGGGCAGCUGAAAACUGACUCUGAUGGACAUGAUGACUCAAUUAAAUAUGUUUUAUUUGGAGAUGGAGCUGGAUCAAUAUUUGUAAUGAAUGAAUACUCAGGAAAGAUUUCUGUGCUGAAAAAACUUGACAGAGAAGAAAAGCCAUUUUAUACUCUCCGAGCCCAGGCUAGAAAUAGAUACACAGGUGUUCCUGUUGAAACAGAAUCCGAAUUUGUCAUCAAAGUCUUGGAUAUCAAUGACAAUGAGCCAAAGUUUAUUAAUGAACCUUAUAUAGCUGAAGUUUUGGAGAUGUCCCCUGAAGGCACAUACGUCACUCAAGUAAUUGCCACAGAUAAAGAUGAUCCAACAAAUGGAAAUAAUGCCAGAGUGGUUUACAGCAUUCUACAAGGACAACCACAAUUUUCUAUUGAGAUUAAAUCAGGAAUCAUUCGAGUUGGUUCACAAAUGGACAGAGAAACUAAAGACCAAUAUCAAGUUAUAGUACAAGCUAAAGACAUGAUCGGCGAACCUGGUGCACUCUCAACCACAACCACUGUAAUAAUUAAUGUACUGGAUGUCAAUGACAAUGCACCAAAAUUUCCCCAAAAGACAUACGAGAUGUCAAUAAUAGAAUCAGGCAUUGCUGGAGACAUUGUUGGAACACUUUUGGCCUACGACAUUGACAUUGGCAAAAAUGCAGAAAUUACAUAUUCAAUAGAAGAAAGGGGGGAUUACAAUAUGUUCAAUAUAAGUACUGAUAGUUUGACGCAAGAAGGAAUAAUAACACUAAACAAGCUAGUUGACUUUGAAAGCAGAAACAGAAGAUACAACAUUCAAGUAAGAGCAGAGAACACAAACAAACCUGAACUAUUUGACACGGCGACCAUAAGAAUCUAUGUUGUUGAUGUAGAUGAACCUCCAGUGUUUCUUGAAAGACAAUAUUUCAUGGAAAUACCUGAAAAUGCCACGGUUGGGUCAUAUGUUGGUUCUGUGACUGCGAAAGACCCUGACAACACUAAUGCCAUAAUAAGAUAUGACAUUCUUCACAGCAAGUUCUCUGGAUUAUUUGAAAUUGAACCAAAUAAUGGUUCUGUCUUUACUAUUAAAUCACUGGAUCGAGAAGUAGAUUAUUGGCAUAAUAUAACAGUAACUGCAACAGAGGCGAAAUUCCCUGCCUUAGUAUCACAUGUGGCUGUGUUUAUUCGAGUUAUGGAUGUCAAUGAUAAUGCUCCUCAACUUCAAAGCUUACCUGAUAUUUAUGUUUGUGAAAAAGCAAGAAUUGGACAGACUGUAUACACUGUAACGGCAGCGGACAAAGAUGAACCUAAACCCAGCCAACCUUUCUCCUUUACCCAACCUCCUGAGGAAUCAAUCAAUGCAAAUUUUACUAUUGCAGACAAUGGAGAUAACACGGCAACCAUUUUGACAGCUCAAGAGGGAUACAGCUUUCAAGACAAUCCAUUGUUUUACUUGACAGUUAUAAUAAGUGACAAUGGGACGCCUGCACUCAGCAGUACCAGCACUAUAACCAUUAAAGUGUGUGACUGUGGCAUUGAUAACAACACCCAAUCUUGUGGGAAAGGAGGAUAUUUCUUUACCUUUAUGAACUCUGGAGUGGUCAUUGCUAUUGCGGUUUUCAUCCUCUUAAUUUUAGUGUUGGCUUUACUUGUGCAUGUGAGAUUCCGGAAAAAUCCCAAUAUGAUAAGUGAGAAAGGAGAAGACUUAAAAGAAAAUAUUGUCAAGUAUGAUGAUGAAGGAGGAGGGGAAGAGGAUACAGAAGCUUUUGAUAUUACUGGACUUAGACAUCACACAGUAAUGCGAGAACGAAAGCCAAAGAGGACAAUAAGAACUGAUAUUCAAAGUAUGUAUCGAUUGUCACUGGGGCUUGGUCCCGAUGUUGCCAUAUUUAAAGAGUUCUUAUCAGAAAAAUUAGAGGAAGCAAAUACAGAUGCAACUGUUCUCCCUUUGGACUACCUGCAUUGCUAUGCCUUUGAAGGUACAGGUUCUCUCUCUGGAUCACUUAGCUCACUUAGCUUUACUGAGGCAAAUGUAUCAGAGAUUGACUCAUACUAUUAA